AUGAAGUCUUGCCAACAAAAGGCUAUGGAGACGCUGCUUCACGGCCAUGGCUAUGCCAACCAGCUCAAGCACAUCAUGGACCACUCCGAGUCAGACUCGUCCAUGGAAAGGGAGGAUUUGGCCAACUCCGUCCUCCAUUGUUUCUCGGAUGCUCUCUCCAUCUUGAUCGAUACUAAUCACGAAGACGAUGAUCAAUCCAAUAACUCCUCCCCGCACGACUCUUCUCCUGUUCUUGAGAAGCCACUUCACAAGAGGGGAAGAAAGACAUCGAUGGCAGAGAGCUCCGACUACCGUCGACAUGAAUCCCCAAAUCCGAUAUACCACGACGGCUUUCUUUGGAGGAAAUACGGACAAAAGCAGAUCAAAGAAUCUCAUCACCAAAGGAGUUACUACAAGUGUGCGUACACAAAGGACCAGAACUGUGAAGCUAAGAAGCAGGUCCAACAGAUCCAGCACAGCCCUCCACUCUACUCAACCACUUACUUCGGCCACCACACAUGCCAGCUUCAUCAGGCUUAUGCAACUUUUCCCGUUGACACAUCUGAUCCCCAAGAUUCUCACAUGAUCCGGUUUGAUCACCCCAAUCCCUCCCCCCACCAAGUACAUGACCAGAAUCAGAAUCAUAAUCAGAUUCAUCCCAAAGAUGAAUACAUGUCGUCACCCGAGAAAGCAGAAGAUUGGUCUCCAUCUCACUGGAUGUCCUCCGAGGUUGCCCACGCGGUGGAGGCUUUUGGGUUUAAUCCUUUUAUUAGGACAUCAACUGACUUAUCAUGA